AUGGACUGGCACUCCUUCAGAACAGCUGCCGUGCUGCUCACUUUCCUGGUGGUGCUUGAAGUUAACAGUGAAUUUCAAGUCCAGGUAAGAGACUAUAAUGCCAAAAAUGGUACCAUUAAGUGGCACUCCAACAGAAGACAGAAACGUGAAUGGAUCAAGUUUGCCGCAGCUUGUCGGGAAGGUGAAGACAACUCAAAGAGAAACCCAAUUGCCAAAAUUCAUUCUGACUGUGCCGCAAACCAGCAAGUGACUUACCGCAUCUCUGGAGUAGGAAUCGACCAGCCACCUUAUGGCAUCUUCAUUAUUAAUCAGAAAACUGGCGAAAUCAAUAUAACAUCCAUCGUUGAUCGGGAAGUCACCCCCUUCUUCAUCAUCUAUUGCCGAGCAUUGAAUGCACAAGGUCAAGAUUUGGAGAACCCGCUGGAGCUAAAAGUUAGAAUUUUGGAUAUAAAUGACAACCCUCCUGUGUUUUCCAUGACUACGUUCGUAGGACAAAUAGAAGAAAAUUCUAAUGCAAACACGUUGGUCAUGGUACUCACCGCUACCGAUGCAGAUGAGCCGAAUAACUUGAACUCGAUCAUCGCUUUCAAGAUUGUAAGACAGGAACCUUCAGACUCACCAAUGUUCAUCAUCAACAGAAAGAAUGGAGAAAUCCGAACAAUGAAUAAUUUCCUAGACCGAGAGCAAUAUAGCCAGUAUUCUCUUGUCGUGAGAGGCUCAGACCGUGAUGGUGGAGCAGACGGCAUGUCUGCCGAAUGCGAGUGCAACAUCAGAAUCCUGGACGUCAAUGACAACAUCCCAUACUUGGAGCAGUCAUCUUAUGACAUCAGCAUUCAAGAAAACGAACUGCACUCACAGCUGAUGCAGAUCAGAGUCAUUGAUCUGGAUGAGGAGUUCUCAGACAACUGGAAGGCAGUCAUUUUUUUCAUCUCUGGAAAUGAAGGAAAUUGGUUUGAAAUAGAAAUGAACGAAAGAACAAAUGUAGGAAUUCUAAAGGUUGUCAAGCCCCUAGAUUAUGAAGCCAUGAAGAAUCUGCAACUUAGUAUUGGUGUUCGAAAUGUAGCUGAAUUCCAUCAGUCAAUUAUUUCUCAAUACAGACUCACAGCAACUAUGAUCACUGUGACUGUGAUAAAUGUAAUUGAGGGCUCGGUGUUCCGGCCAGGUUCAAAGACAUUUGUAGUAAACAGUAAAAUGGGAGCAAAUUACAAAGUGGGAGACUUUGUAGCUACCGACCUGGACACGGGUCUACAGUCAACAAAUGUUAGAUAUGUAAUGGGAAGUAACCCGGCUGACCUCCUGGCUGUUGGCUCAAGAACAGGCAUAAUCACUUUAAGAAACAGAGUUACUAUGGAACAAUACCAAAUGCUUAAUGGGAGAUAUGAAGGAACAAUACUAUCAAUAGAUGAUAGUCUCCAAAGGACCUGCACCGGAACAGUCAUCAUUGAUCUUAAUGGCUCUGGCUGGGUGACAAGCACAGAUCAAAAUACAGAAGAUGGAGGCAGUACAGGAGGUGGAGGCAGUACAGGAGGUGGAGGCAGUACAGGAGGUGGAGGCAGUACAGGAGGUGGAGGCAGUACAGGAGGUGGCACAAGUGGAAAUACUUCCACUGAGCAAACUACAGGAUCAUGGGACAAUGGCGGCAGUGGCGGAAAUGGCGGCACUGGAGAUGAUACCUACGAUAAUGGUGACGGUAACCGUCAAAGAGUCCCUGGAGACAACGUUCACUUUGGUCCUGCCGGGAUCGGACUGCUCAUCAUGGGGUUCUUAGUCCUAGGAUUGGUCCCAUUCUUGUUGCUCUGCUGUGAUUGUGGAGGUGCCCCUGGUGGUGGAGCUGGCUUUGAGCCUGUUCCAGAAUGUUCUGAUGGAGCAAUUCACACAUGGGCAGUAGAAGGCCCACAGCCUGAACCCCACGAUGGUAUAACUACUAUCUGUGUGCCACAAAUGCCACCUGGUAAUGCCAAUAUUAUAGAGUGUAUUGACAACUCAGGAGUUUAUACAAAUGAGUAUUGUGGCAGAGAAAUGCAAGAUCUGGGAGGAGGAGAAAGAACUACGGGAUUUGAACUGAUGGAUGGAGUUAAAACAUCAGCGGCACCUGAGAUAUGCCAAGAAUAUUCAGGAACGUUAAGAAGAAAUUCAAUGAGAGAAUGUAGAGACGGAGGUCUCAAUAUGAAUUUCAUGGAAAGUUACUUCUGUCAGAAAGCUUAUGCUUAUGCGGAUGAAGAUGAAGGACGCCCAUCCAACGACUGUUUGCUCAUCUAUGACAUUGAAGGUGUAGGUUCCCCUGCAGGCUCCGUGGGCUGUUGCAGCUUCAUUGGAGAAGAUUUAGAUGAGAGCUUCCUGGAUACCUUGGGGCCCAAGUUUAAGAAGUUGGCCGACAUCAGCCUGGGAAAAGAUAUAGACUCAUAUCAAGGUCCCGAGCCUUCUUGGCCUCCUCAGAGCACUGAACCAGUGUGCCCCCAGCAAACAGAGCCCCUUACUAGUGGACACCCACCCAUCUCCCCACAUUUUGGCACUACCACAGUAAUUUCUGAGAACACCUACCCCUCUGGCCCUGGUGUACAGCAUCCUAUGCAGAUUCCUGACCCUCUAGGCUAUGGUAAUGUCACUGUGAUGGAGUCAUAUGCCACUUCUGGCACUCUGAAGCCCUCUGUCCACUUUCAUGAUAACCGACAGGCUUCAAAUGUGGUGGUGACAGAGAGGGUGGUGGGCCCCAUCUCUGGUGCUGAUUUGCAUGGGAUGUUAGAGAUACCCGACUUAAGAGAUGGAUCAAAUGUCAUAGUGACAGAAAGGGUAAUAGCCCCAGGCUCAAGUCUACCCACCUCUCUGACCAUUCCCAACCCUAGAGAGUCUUCAAACGUGGUUGUGACAGAAAGAGUGAUCCAACCAACUUCCACCAUGAUGGGCAACCUGAGUAUGUCCCCUGAGUUAUCAAAUGCCCACAACGUGAUUGUGACAGAGAGGGUGGUUUCUGGUGGCGGUGUAAGUGGAAUUAGUGGCACCGCUGGGAUAGGUGGUGGCAUUGGAGGUAUAGGCAGCAGCGGCCUGGUGAGCACAACCAUAGGUGCUAGUGGCGGGGGUCUGAGCGGGGCUGGCGGUGGCACUGGGCUGAGCAGCUUUAGUGGAGGCGGGGGCCUGAGCAGCAUGGGUGGGACAGCCACUAUCGGCCACAUGAGGAGUUCUUCUGACCAUCACUUUAGCCAGACAGUAGGAUCUGCCUCCCCUAGCAUGGCUCGAAGUCGAAUAACGAAGUAUAGUACGGUACAGUAUACCAAGUAG